AUGCCAGUUAUUUGCUUCAAGGAAUCAUUCGUUGAACGAACGGUAUCAAAAGAAAACUCAAAAAGCAUGCAAAGCAAUGCAAGGAACUGUUCGCAUGUUCAAGUGGACUUUCAACUUUACAACGAGGAACGUUACAGUAAGAAACAAAAGAUUCAUAAAGUGUAUAAGUUACAUAUGUCGUAUAUAUUAGCAAAGUUAGUUUUUUGAUGGAGUAAUAAAAUUAAGUCCGUUUUGUCCUCAAUGAAGAUCUGUUGAAAGAAUGGUUUAAUUCUCAGGAUUUAGCCCUCCCCACUUAACAAAAAUCUUGGUACACAUCUUUCUGACUGGAAACCAAGUGGUAAGAUACACAACCCACAUAUUUAGAUGAGACAGUUGAUAAAAUACAUAAAUUUAUGUAGCAUAUUCUAGCAAACAAUGAAGACAAUAAUUAUAUUUGUAAAGGUGCACAUUUGAAUUGGAUACUCGAUAGAUUUUAAUCAAGCCAAAUCUAAUGAAGAAUGUACAGUGCAUUCAGGGGUUUCAAAAUGUUUUGAAGUAGGCGCCAACUCUGGAAAAGCAGGCAGCUGUGACAAUCGAGAUUGUUUGUCACGAGCUAAUUGUAAUGACCAGCGUAGCCGGUGAUAUACAGUUGAGUAGCCGGCAGAACUCUGGUCGCCGGCUUGUGUAUUUACUAAUAAUCAAUACAGUUAUUGACUGAGAGAUCUGGUUGCAAGCUAGAUCAUGAAAAGAGCUUUGAACAUUAAUUCCAGUCCGCUGCUUUACAAGAGGGCUCCUCUGGGGCUUGGCACUUUGGUAUAUUGGGGUUCGCCUGUAAUGGUGAUGAUGAUGAUGAUUUGUAACAGCAUGUUUGUUGUGAUCACUUGCCUUAAAGGUCUGACGCAUUAUAGUAUGGCGAAUUUUCUCGGUUAACAACUUAUCAAAUCUUAUUCUUCAAAAAUUCAUGACCCUCAUAGUCAACUUAGUUUGAUAUUUAUCAGCCAUGAGCCAUAGAAUGCUAGAUGUGGUGUGUGUCUUGGAUUAUCAAUGGCCCAUGAGACCAAGGAGCACCUUUCAUAGAAAAUUCAUGGCCAGAAAUAAAGGCAUGAAAUUUAAUUUUUUAGUUUUCAUGGGUCAUGAAAUGACUUUCAUGGGGUAUUCACUAGAAAUUCAUGGCAUUUUCAUAAAAAUAUGGUUCAUAGUGGUUGUAUUUAAAAAGCCCUGAAAAAAAUUCACAUGCUCACUCUGACAUGCCUAAAAGUGUUCACAUGCAUGUGAAAAAUUUCACAUACAUAGCAUCUAUUAUGCAUGUGAAAUUUGAAAUUCACAUGUAUGACAAAAUUGUUUCACAUGCCUGAAAAGAUUUCACAUGUAAUAAACUGCAUGGGAAAAAAGUUCACACAUAUGACAAAAAUUUUUCACAUGUAUUACAAAGUUUCACACGGAGGUCAAAAAGUUCACAUGCAUGUGAAAUGCUGAUGUGGUGAACUUGUAUUUUUGCCAACAUUGAUUUCACAUGGUUCCUUUUUUUCACGCACUUUUCACACCCUUUUCACAUGGUUUUCACACACAUAGCCCUAGUAGUGUAUCUACAAUAAUAAAAUACUAACCUGGCUGCACCUGCUCACAGAGUCCAAAUUCCACAAAAGUCCCGUAAAUGGUACUCUUAUAAAAGAACAGUAAUCAUUAUUCAAGAGCAAUAGUUACAUAUUCUUUUUUUUUGUGGGGGAGGGGGGAAAGUGAGGUCCCCUAAUAAAAGAUAAGAUCAACAUCAUUUAACCACAUUCCGUCUAGGUCAACGAAAGCUGGCUUCCAUUAAUUAGGCACGCAAAAUAGAGAACUAAGGAAAAUUAGUAAUAGAAACACAUUGAAUUAUUUGACUUAGCUUAAUUUGAGUUGUGCAUGGUCAUCAUCUUUAAUUAGCUCCUCUUAUAUUUAAUUUACACAAUAUUUAGUCAGGGGUGCCCAUUUGAGAGAGGCUGGUUUGAAUGACGCAUUUUUGAUUGAGGGAGGCAGGAGAGGUAAGGGGUAGGAGAGUGGCUUUAUGAAGUUUAAAUUACAACUUCAUGAAAAAAUAACCUUGGUAUAAUAUAGUUUACUUGAGCAUUUUUUGGUCUUAGUGAACAAACAUGAUGUAUUUGUUGCUUAUCUAAUCUUGUGCCAGUUAUAUAUACAUCACUGCAUGACUAAUUAUUGUCCUCAUAUUAAUUAUUGUUUUAUUUUAAAAUAAUUUAGGUUCAAGUGGUACAAGAGCAACACCCACAUCAGCAACAGCCUCUAUUACAGUUACGGCAACACCACUGUCAGUUCCUAGAGAUGGCUGUAAGUUAACUGGAAUUAUGUCUGUGAGAGUUUGAUACCUUUAAAAAAAAAUUGUUGCUUUGCACUCAUGAUCAUUGCUUUUAAUUUUGUUGAUGGGAGUAUUUUCUGAGACAGAGCAUUGAAAAUCAAUGUCAUAAUUAGCAAAUACAUCCAUUUUGUUUUGAAUCUCUGAACAUUUCACUGAACGUAUUCUUGUGUUGCUGUUGAAUUACGUUGAAGUAAAAUUAAUAUAACAAAACACUUGAUGUCAGGCCCCUCGGGAAACCAGUUAGUUUUGUUUUACCUCAAGCCCUGAUAUUUCCCCAAGUGAGUCUUAAAAGGUCUUGCUUUCAUAAUUUACAAGCAAUAAAAUGUCUGAUUGUUAAUCGUCACCAAAAUUGAUAAAAAUUUUAAUUUCAAGGACCAUUUAAAUGCUCAAUCCAGCACAACACUUUUUUUUUACCAGUAUCGACAAGAAGGCUCCUAGCAAGAUUAGCUGGACAAAACAAUGCAAAUGAUGGUGAGUGAUAUUUUUAUGUUAUCUCUGGUUCUCUUAAAAAAACAUACAUAAUAUAUAAUACAAGGCUGUGCUCUAAAGAAAAUUAAAGGGAGCCCGGUGCUCUUAAUGUCUGAAACCGUAGGUGCCCAGCAUGUGAUUUGUAUGAAAACUAAGAUUUUCUAGUCGCCCAAGAGCAAAAGUUGGGCACCAGGGGCCACCGGGUGCUGCUACAGCACAGCCCCAUAUUAUUAUCAGAAAGUUAUAACCCCUUGUGAGUUUCUGAUAAUUAUUAUAUAAUAAAUGUAAAUAAACUGAAUGAAGUCCACAUACCUUCAAACAAUAACCACUCCAGUAGAAGGGUUGUUACCAAGAUUUCAAUUCAAUGGUAAAGUGAUAUGCAUGCAUUAAAAAGGCAAUGAGAAGUUAUUUUCUUUUUCCUUGUCUGUUUGUUUGUUUUACUUCCCAUGCAGGUAUUUUUGGAACUUGCUCAAAGUAACAGGCUGGGGAAAUUCCUGUUUCCACGCCUAGUGACUGCUUUACGUCUCCUUUUCUUGUUUUUUGGUCUUUUACAGGUAGUCUGAGUACCUGAGGAGUUAAUUGUUGAGCUAACUGCCAGCCCCUCCUUCUUCCUUGAGAAAUUGAAACUGCUGCAACAAAGAAUAAUGUUGACAUGCAUUUAACAAUAAGCCCAUCAAACUGUCUUCUAAGAACUCAAGGCAUUGUUAAUGGCUAAUUUCAAAUUCUCUACCUUUCCCACAGACGUAUCCCUAAGUCCACCCGAAGAUGAUGAUCUGGUUGUCUUGGAUCACAGUCCAACCCAUUGUAAGGAAAAUACUGGUGUAAUAUAGAAUCUAAUACCAUACAUUAAACUCCCAUGAAUGUUUUGGAUUUUGGGAAAUACGUUCCUGUAUUCUGGGGUACUUAUUGGCCAACUAGGCUAAGUUUAUAAGAUCCUAAUUAUGAUUCUCGUUUUUUAUACCACCAAUAUAUAAUACUCUUUUGGGGAUUUCCAGUUUUUCUGUUACACAACCUGUCACCUCGCAGCACUGAUGAGGUCUGAAUGGUUCAGAUGAAAUAUUUGUUUCAUUAUUAUUUUUCUUAUUUUUUGGCGUUGAGUUUUGGAAUUUUCUGUUAGUAUUAAAAUUAAUGUUGUAUGAAGGAGAUCAUAGAUCAGAUUGUUCAUUACCAGAAGUUGUAAAUGAGCUUGUGUUAAGUUUGCACCGUAAAUAUACUGUAAUUUAUAUACAUGUAGUGAUAAGAACUCCUGCAGGAUUUCACAUAAAGUUUAACUGCUCAACCACUUAGCACAGGUGACCAAACAUUAUAUUGCAUUAUUGCGCCGACCUACAUGUAAGUUUACAGGAAUAUUACAUAAGAAGUUAUUGUAUGAAAAAGUAACGGACAUUUCAAAAAGUACUGAAUUUUUGGUUAUUUGGCAGAUUUAUUCAAAAUUUAUUUCCUUUGCCUACAUGACUUGAAAGUCACACUGCCUCAUUCAUUUGAUUGCAUGUAGAUUCAAGUACAAGAGCUUCAAUGACCCAAGGUGUUCAACCACUUGGUGGAGGUGACUUGGAAACAUUUUAUGGUAUUGUUACCCUGAUUUAGAAGUUAGACAAAUUAAUUUCACAUAAAAACUCUUUACAUUAUCUUGAAAAAGUACUGGACACUUCUAUAAGUACAGGUUCUAAUAUGUUACCUGCAUAAAUCAAAAAUUAAUCAAACUGCUUGAGUAAAUUAGGUUGCAAUUAUGUUGAUUCCCCUUCAAGAGCCUCUGUCACCCAGUUGACUAAGAUGUCUCCUUUAUCUGAUUGCACGUAGAUUCAAAUACACGAUCAGCUUCAACUGUUCAAAGUGUUACUGCUCAACCAAGGAGAACAGGUGACCAAACAUUAUAUUCUAUCAUUAGGCGAUAUACAUGUAGGUUUAUAGGCGUAUCAGUUAGGAACUUGUUGUAUGAAAAAGUACUGGACAUUUUAAGUAUCUCAAUCAAAUACUACUUUGCUUACAUAAAUCAAAAGUUAAUUAAGCUGCUUAAUACAUUAUGUUGCAAUUGACCAAGUAGAUUCUAGUAAAGAAGCUUCUGAUAGCCAAGGUUUAACUAUCCAACACGUAGCACAGUUGAGCAAAAUAAUGUUUUGAAUAAUUAUGGCAUAUUCUGUAUGCUGGAACAUUAAUCUCAUGUAGAUCUAUGUAAGAGAUAAAAAUUUAUGUGAGGAUCAUAAGGGAAAGGGGAAAAAAAACCAAGGGAAAAAAUAGACAUGAGUGAAAGUCAGUGUGCUCUUGAAAAAAUAAUAAUGUUAAUAAUUACACUUACUGGAAAAAAAAAGAACAAAAGAAAAAGACAAAAAUCUACUGUUGACAAAAAAAAAAAUUACAAAAAUAGUGAUAUACCACAUUGUAGCCAUAACUGCAACAAAACAAAUCAACAUAUUGUUAUCCUGCUUGAAAAUUUAUGCUCGCUGAAAUUUUUCCACGUCUUACAGGAUUCUUUCAAGGGACCCCAUUUAAUGGAACAGGGAUACAAGGUAAACACCCCGGCAAAUUACAUCCAUGCAUAUAAUGAAUCUUGAUUUUUUAUUAUAAGACUUCUAAAUGUUAUUAGCAUAACAAAAAUUGACCGUAUCCUUAAUAGGUCUCAACAGGCCACUAGAAAAAUAAUUGGUGGGAAUUGCAAAUCAACCAAAAGGCUUAGCUAGUUAUAAAUUAUGCAAUUUCAGCUUUUUUCUAUACAUCUGUCCUCUAUGCGAACGAUCAAUAUUAGAAGGAAUGUCUUGAUUUAGCUUUAUUUGUUCAACUACAAAAUUGCUCAUGCAGUCACAUUGUUUGAUUUCUCUACAAUAUCAACACCUACACCGAUAUAGCUGGAACAGUCAAGCAAGACCUUUUUCCUUUUGGCCUGGGAGGUAAGCAAUCUGCUCUAAAGUUCAGCACUUACAUGUACCUGUUCUCUUUCGCCUUCUUUUUGUCUCGAUUCAAUCCCGAAUUUUUUUAAAAUAAGACAGAGAUAUUGACUCAGUGAGGGCAUAUAAAAAAUUGGGCAUAUUUCAAAGGCAGUUACUGAUAAAAUAGAGGUCAAUGUUUAAAUUGCAGUUGAAUGUAUUUUUCUUCUGAUAGGACCAACACGAAGAAGAACGUCACGUUCCGAUGAAGUGGCAAAUUGCCAGUGUCUCUUACAGUCAUCAAGUGACCAGACAUGCAUGCUGCCAUUUUUGAAUCAUUCCUUCGAAGAGGUAUUAAAUUAUUAAUAAAUUAUUGCUAACAAAGGAAGGCUUAAUCACCUAAUUUUCUUAACAGUUCAAAUCAAAGUGACAAUAGACAAAUAUUAACUAUAAUUUAUUUACUCCCUUACUCUCCCUUUGUUAUUUAUUCCAGUUAUGCUGGCAGGCAAAUGAAGACUGCAAGGGAGUGAUUCUUACCCUACUAAACAAAAGGAAAACGAUUGAUGAGAAGAGGAGAGAUUUGUUGAGGCAUGUAAAACCUUCCUUCUGUGACGAUGUAAAAGCAGUUGCAUGCAUAUAUUCAAGGGAGAUAUUAAUAAUUAUUAUUGUCAUAAUUAUACCAAUACUGACUUUUGAAGUUUCUUACUGCAGGGUGCUUCAUGAGAUGGAAAAUAAACACAGUGAAAAUUGGUUGUUUUGGAUCGGAGAAACAAGCUCCACUGACGGGUUGAAAGGUGAAGGUUUAACAUCAUGAAAAUGAUUUGUCCACAGCACAAUGCCACUUACUGUAUAUAUAAAACCUCUUUUGAAAGAACAGUGCACACACCUGCGUACAGGUGUAGUAGACUAUAAUAUUAAUAGAUUUUUGCUAGGGAGUCAUUAGGCCAUGUGGAACUAUAAGGUAACACUUAUCGAAUCACAAACAUCUCUUUGUUUAAAUAACAGGCAACUGGAUUAAUGACUUAAUCAGAAAUUAUUGACAAGACGUUUACUUGUAAAUUAUUUAUCCUUGUUAGUUAUGGACAUUUAUGGUGGUGACCCACGCACAGAAAGGAUACUUUUCCUGGUCCCGUCAGUGGGUAGAAGUCCUUCGUUGUUGGGACAGAUUUCAGGUAAUUUUAGAGGAGCAAGAAUCGUCGUAGUCAAUGUCAAUAACAAUAAAUUUUUAAACCACUUUCAAACGGGAUCAAAGCUGUCACGAUCGUGUGUGUGUGUUAGAACGAUAUGCCUGUAAUACAACAGCACGUGCUCAAGGCUUAUUAAUGAGUAAUGUUACAGUUAUGGUGAGAAAAGAUUGCCAUAUGUCCUUUAAUUCUUGAAUUAACUCAAAACCCCAAUACAUGGAGCCUCAAACUGGAAAGCAAGGAUUUUUCAAUAGCUUUUACAUACAGAGAUACAGCUGAAGGAUUAGAUCUCAUGAGUACCACAAACAGCUAACCUGAACAAGGAUCAAACUAUCAUUAUAUCAACUGGAAGGUUCAAGUUUUAUAAGACAAUUAUUGCAAGCAAAGAAGGAGAAGGUAGAAUUAAAUGAAAGCAAUCAUUUUCUUUUCUGUACCCUUACCCUAUUUAGAUGCAGACAUUGAUGAAGUGGGCUCCGUUUUGAAAAAAGUUUUAGAAAGGGCAGCUGUUCACCAACAACAGAGGUAACAUACCUAAUAUGAUGCAAAAGUUACACAUGAAAUUGAAGGAGGCUAUGAAAAAAAAAAAAACAGAAAAAACAGGUAAAGUCAAUUUUGAGAUUUAGCUGUAAGUUAUGGAAAAGCAAUCCUUAGAGGCAUGAAAUAGCUGAUUUUGAAGGUUCAGUUGUUUAUUAAUUUUUUUUAAAUUUAAGACUACACCUUUAUCAGUUACCCCUGAUCUUAGCACUGUCAAUAAACCAAGUAAUUAAAUAUCACAUAACAAUCCUGAAGUUAGAAAUCUCCAAACAUGACCUUUGACAUAAUCUGGAACAUUCUCUAGAUUGCCUAAUUCCAUUUCCUAACAAAAAAGACCAGGUUAUGCCAAACACUGAUAUUCUCAAGAAAUAAAAAAUUUGGCAAGCAAGCUGGUCCAGAAGCACCCUUAACAAUAAUUGUGUACAUCGUUGAAGGAAAGCCCUUAGUCACUCUGCUGUCUUUUAAGCUCAUCAAUAAACUGAAAGCCAAAAACAGUUACUAUAUCUGAUAUUUGGCUGAAUGUGACCUUUUCAUUGCAGGAAAAAACGGGCAAUUUCCAGCUCUAUUCAAGCCCAACAGGUGAGGGAGGUUUAACAGUACAUCAGUAGACAUGUACUCACUUCCAAAUUAAUUGUACUGCUCACUGAUACAUUGUUGAUUACACAUCGGGAUAACUUUUGAUAAUUUAACUUUUAAGUCCAUACAAAACCGUUUUGAUUUUAAAGCAAAAUAAAAUAGGCUGAAUGUUGUUUUGCUUUGUUUAUUUUUUCUUAACAAGGUAAGGCAGAUGAGACGCCAGAGGAUAACUCGCCCGCCCAAAGAAGGCUACAAAGUGAUAGUGUGCGACUUGGUUCAGGGCCGCCCAUUAAUGUCCCGCAAAUUUAGUGAAACUGCCUUCUAUCAGGUACCAAAGAAGCAAUAAUAUUGUAAAAAGAGUUUUCUGUAGAUCAAGUGGGUAGAGCGCCUGCCCUGUGUUUGGGAGAUCAUAGGUUCGAAUCCUAAAAGGGACUCAGAUUUUUCUUUGCCACACGCUCUCAACAUGCUGAUCAUUUCAUUUUCACAAUAUUGUUAUACUUUUCAAUAGGCAACAUCUCGAGUAAAAGACAGUAUUUUCUUUAGGUUUUGAAAUUGAUGUAGCGUUUUAAUAAAUUAUUAGUCAUUGAGAGCACCCGAAGCAUCAUAUCAGUAACAGGAUACUGAAAGGGCCAUGCAUUUCCCUAAUAACUUCACUUGUAUUUAGCCAAAGCUAAAUAAAGUAGCAUUGGCAAAGAAAGACAGAUAAGAAAGUAAUAAAUAAAGGAAAUGAUAUUAUAGAUAAUAUUAAUUCAUGAUAAGAAGGUAACAUCGGCACAAAUAUCCUUAUUUAUCUAUUAUCCUAAACUAUAACAUGAUUGGGUAAAUUGCUAAGAACAAUUUCUAAGGGUGCACAACUAAUAAGAGGAUCAAUAACUAUUAAAACAUUGCCUGAUGAGUGUGGUCAUGUUAUUGAAAUAGCAGUGAACUACCUCCAAAGCCUAAAUGAAUAUUUCUUUAAGUCACUGCGGUUUUUGUUUUAUUUUACAGGAAGUAUAUGACUGGGCAGGGGGGGCUGAUGAGAUGCCUCUCUUUUUUACGUUACAUAAAGAGUCCAGACCUACAUGUAUAAGUCACAAGGAGCGACUAAAGGGCCAUGAAGUUUUGAGUUUUGUGGAACGUGUAAGUAUGGUACAUUAUCAUUUAUCUUAUCUGGAUAAAGUUGCUUGAGUUUUGAUAGUAAAAACCUUUGCUGAAAGAAGAUUUCUACUUUAUCACACAGGAUGAAGCAGACAUGGUUAGACUACUUGGGUCAUUUGAGGUAAGGGGG